UUUCGUCUAGAUGGCGCGUAUGUUUGUUUCAGUUUCAACAGUAAUUUCACCAUGAACCAUAGAUUACUAAAGUAACGGAAACUGUCAAUAAAAUUUAUAUAGACUCGAAUAAUUUUAGUAAAUUGUAAACAUAAAAAAGUUGUCAAACAUUUAACUGUAUAGAAGAAAGUAUAAAUCAUUCCCGAUACUAAUAAGGAAUCAUGGCAAGUGGGAAAAUGAAAAUUGACGAAGAUUUUAUUGGAAAACUUGUAGAUGAGGCUGCUAAAGUAGUUGUGCUAAAUAUUCCAAGUGGUACAGAAUUUGGAAUUGAUUUAAAGACUUGGAGAGUAACCGAUAGUUUUAUGGGCAUCAGAAUGAUUCCACCAGGAUUUCAUUACGUGCAUUACAGUGCUGUGAAUAGGAUCGGAGAGCCAGCACCUAGAAUUGGAUUCUUUCAUACAUUUAGCAUAUCUGAAUUUUUAGUCAAGAAGUGGGAUGAAGAAGCAGAAGAUUUUAGUGUAGAAGCUGUACCAGAAGAAGUAGUUCAAAGAUUAAAGAGUAACUCGAAACAGUUGGACAGAUAUUUAGCAUGCUAUCCUUUUGAUAUAUGGAUAAAGUGGAUAGACUUAACAAAUCUUAUCAGGCCUUCAUUAGCUGAACGUUGUGCACCUGUGUGUGGAGUUGUCAGGUCAGCUUUAGAGUUAGAGCAUUGUACCGAUGCAAUGAGACCAAGAGGUGGAGUAUUAAGUCCAAGAAGGAAGAAAAGAUGUGGAAUCACUGUAGAAGAAAGGGAGAACGAACUACUUCCUGAUAUGAAACCUGUACCAGGCACAGAUCUUCGGUUCACCAAAUUGCCAACUAAAUAUUAUCCAGAUAACGCAUCACCAAGCGAGAUCACAAUGCAUUCCCUUGACUCCAGCUAUGCGUUGGAGACAUUUUUGAGACAAUUACCACACCCCCUAGAAAUUAUUGGUGAAAUGCAGUUGGCAUUUGUUUGUUUUCUGGUUGGACAAAGUUUGGAUUCCUUUGACCAUUGGAAGAAACUUAUAAUUCUUAUAUGCGAUGCUGACUCUGCAAUACCGAAACUACGAGGGAUUUACAUCGCAUUUUUGAAAGCGAUAGAGACUCAACUGACGCAUGUACCUGAUGAUAUACUUUGCGAUAUUGUCGAUAACAACAAUUUUAUAUACCAUAGUCUUCGGAAGCUUUUUGCAACUAUAGAGGAAAAUUCACGUAUAGACAGUCGUUUGAAAUGCCAAGCUUCGCACUUCCGUGAUCGGUUAAAAGCGAAGUUAGCGUGGGAUUUUUCUGACAUGCACGAAGUCAACGAGGAUGAGGCGCCCGUAAUCGUGUCUUUAGAUUAAAAAAAUUCUAGAUGUAUAUUUUCAGUGAAGACUAAGAGUUUAAAUUAUAAACGCCAUAAGAUAUAUAUAUAUAUAAACUUGUUUCAUAUAAAUAUUUGUUUUUAUUAAGGAUAUAUAAAUAAAUGUAUUACAAGGCAUAA